AUGCCGUAUUUGUGUUUAAAGGCUGGCUCCUCGACCGAGCCAGACUUAAAUCUCGCACAGUCAACCUUCUUGUCGGAACUUCUUCGGCCCCAAGUCUCAUUUCCCUCGGGGCAUAUCACCAAAGAAGUGGCUUCCGCUCUGUCGCCCGCGGCCCCGCGGUCCCAGACCUCCUCUACGUCCCAUACCCCACUUGGCAGCGAUGCUGGUCAGGCUGCUUCUUCACCUCUCCAUCCCCGGGUAGCUGUGAUUCUGGGUGUGGAUCGAAGAUGGCAUAUUCCUCUGUUGGUCUGCAGAGCUUUGAGCACGCUCCCUGCUGCAUGGUGGGGUCUAAGGUGCGCUUUUACUUUCCUGGCCGAGCUACUGCACAUUCGACCGGGUAUGGGAGGAGAGGGGUGGGCGGCGGCGAUAGUUGGGAGUGUGGGACAGGACUGGGAUGUUGAGAGGAGGUUUCGGGUUACUGAAGUGGCAUUGGCCAUUAUGUGGUGCUGCGCAUCCGCAUAUCUUUCUUAUUUCUUUGCUGAUUGUAUGAUGUCUCGAUGGCUUCUCAAUUACACUCCGCCGGCUGUUGUGAUCCGUCUUUUGACAACAAAUGGCUUAAUUGCAUAUAUUACUUCUUGGGUUCUCUACCUUUCUGGUGCCUCUUCCGACCCCCGAUGUCUCUUACCGGCUUGGAUCUCAAUAACCGCCACCCUUACAUUUGUCUAUCAUGCGACACAAAACCACGCCACUAUCAAGCGCGAAACCGCAGCGUCUUUUAAGGUUGUAUCUGUUGCAAGUUUCGUCAGCAUGUCCUCGCUUUUGAUGCAGCUACAUCUGACGCGCGAAAACGAACCGGAGGUCCCUGUCUUCGUGAUUACGCAAAAGCUAUGGGACUGGGCUGUUGCAGUCUUUCUACGCAUGCGAGUCGCGGAUGACCGUUUUGCUAGAGAACUGUAA